UAGAGAGAUCACGUGGUAGUUGCCGCUGUUUCGCGUGGUGAGGCUUGCAAGAUGGCGUACGCUAAGCAAGGGCAAGAAGGAAAGACAAGAAUUGAACGUUUUCAACAAACUGCACGUGAUUUUGGCCACUUUCUUUACAAUAAAGAUGGUGAAAAUGGUGAAGUGCAGGUCAUGGGCAGAAAUGGCAAGAGCUGGGGUAAGUUGAUUAAAUCUAGCAGAGAGUUUAAUCGAAGCAGAACCGGUAUAUUGAUGAAUGCCAGCUGUGAGGCAACUUGUCGAUGGAUUUAGUCCACGAAAUGUACCGUGUACCUGUAAACUGACAUCGCUUACUUUAUUUUCCUCAUUUCAGCGAAGAUCACAGUGUUCUUCUUGAUAUUUUACGGCUGCUUAGCGGGAUUUUUCGCCUCGAUGUUGGCGAUAUUCAUGACUACUGUGCCAGCUCGAGAGGAAGGACCGAAAAUGACGAGAUAUUUAGCGGGAAAGCAAGGUUUCUUUUUCUUUUUCACUUGUUGUUUUCUGAGUUAGUGUAAGUCUUAGCAUACAGAUCUAUUGGCAACCAUUCUUCAAUUUGAAGGUCAAAACAUUGGAAAACUUCUUUGAAUGUGCGCAGACCGCCUGCAUGUGGUUUACAGCAUUUGCAAUUCAAAUUGAGAAAAUUAUUGUGUCAGUCGUAAAGAUUUGUCCCGAUAUGAUAAGAUUUGUUUAUUUCUUGUUCACAUAAAAUAGAUUUUUCUUUUACAACGAUUUUUCGACUUUGAAGGUAAAUUAUGAAAUAUGAGACGUCGUACUUCUCGGGUUGGAGACAUGCACGGGUGUAUUUCGGGCUCGUUGAUUUCCUAAGGCAAGCGGAGAAUUAUUUGCAUUUGCGUUAAAUGAAAGCUUUCCCAUGAUUGCAUAAUAGAUGAAAGAGCGGCCACAUGAAAGUAUAUCAACCGCUCUGAGAAUUCCUUCGUUUUUGCUUUGGGUCAAUCUUGCUCGUUUCGUUUGUUUGUAGGUAUGAAUUUAGGGGUGGGUCUCCUAAAAUUUGCGUUACGUUCAGCCGAUACUCUCUGUGAAGUAUGAUGGGUGAAAUCGGUAAUUUUUUACGAACAGUCUCAGAAUUGAAGUUAACGAAAGAUUAAAAAUUGAAAGGGUUAGCGAUGUCGUGAUUUACUAAGUCGUGUGUUUAAUACAAAAUUUUAAAGUCCUCUAUAUAUUGCCCACAGGCGCCAAUAUGACCCAGCAAGUUUGUAUGAUAUUUGAAUAGAUUUCGGUAUUGGUUAAGUACAUGUUCAAUCAUAUUGUUUUUAUGCGUGAGUUGUUGUACUUCAACCUCUAUUGUUGAGAGCCAAAGUGACAUUCCAACGUUUUGAGGCAACAGAAAUCUGUUUUGGUUCGUUCAAAUAAAUACUUUAUCAAAUUUUGCCAACAUUCGAGAUAUUUGAAUAGAAUUCCCAUGUGUCCUUCUAUGCACUCAACCAUCAAGUUCUUACGUAACACUAGCUUAGAUGCUCUACAAGUUAAAAUGCUUCAUUAACAGUUCUUCUUUUGUUAUUUUUGUCUCCUUGUUAGGCCUUAUUCCUAUCCCAUUCUAUGAAAUAAAAAAUUACAAAGAUGUCGAUUCAUUUGUGGACCAAAUCAAUAAAUUCUUGGAACGUAAGUUACUAUGGAUUUUGUUAUUUGCUUAACCCUUCACACCCUAACAUCAUAAUUCAUAUUCUCCCUACUGUUCUCUGUACAUUUACUGAGGUGCUGACAAGGAAAACUUGUCUAACAAUCAAGAGUUUCUUUAGUUGGUGAUCAUUUCCUUUAUUCUCUUUACAUUAAUGUAUGAUUCAGUGGUGAUAUUGUAAGGAGGAAUUAGAUUUUAGUCACUCUUAGGGGUUAAAGGGUUAAAAUCUCUCUCGCUGUAUGUUCUAAUAAAUGGAACUUUGUUGUUCUUGUAACAUUAUAAGAAUUGCAGUAGGGCCAAAAAUAGAUUUAUAAGAGAGAGGAGAACCAGGUAUCCAAUAUGAUAGACAGUGUUAAAGACAGAAAGAAAAAACAGUUAGAAACUGAAAAAACUACAGUAUAUUUCAGUAUAUUUGUAGAGUUUUUGGAUGAAGCAUUUUUUAAGCUAUUAUGUUUAUCUUGCACUACACAAAAAGGGGCAUGAAACAAAUAUUGAUGUUGAUCACAAAACCUGUAGUAGUUUAAUAACAUUAGACAUUCAAACUCUAGUCACCUCUGCACUGUGCUUUUUGAAUUAAAAAUUGAAGUUGAGAAGGUAGGUUUUAGAAUGUUUGGGUUUUUGUUAGUUACUGUACAGGUUAACCCUUUAACUCCCAUGAGAGAUCAAGAUAGAAUUUCUCCUUACAAUAUCAAUACAAUAUCAAUCAAACAGGUGCUGAGAACAUAGAAAAAUGUAUGUUUGAAGAUUUUCUAGUUGAUUCAGUACCUGAAUUUUCAGGUACUCAGUACUUAAUUCUCAGAAUUAGCAUCACAGGACUUGUCUGGCAGACAGUAAGGAGAAUUAUUGAUGAGAUCUUGGACAUGAAAGGGUUAGAGCAUAGAUCUCAGGUUAUUGCUCUUGUCAGGCAUGACAUUGUUUGUCUGGAUGAUAAAACAUUUAAACCUUUCCAAGAAAACUAAUUUUACCCUUUCCAGAGGAAAACUGAAACUUAAAAUGGUGGUGGUCUAAAUCCAUAAACCUUUUUUGGUGGGAGGAUGAACAUAUCCAUAGUUUUUAGCGUAGCAUGAUAGUUACAAUAUGAGAGAGUUGGCUCUUUGAAUAGUGCAUUGUGUAAUUUUAGUUGUUCCAGGAAUCUAUUUAUUAUUACAGAAAAUCAUAACUGGCUUAAAAGAACUGUAUAACAUUAGUACUUAUGUAUCAUUUUUUGCUUUCAAGCUUACAAGGAAGCUCUUGAAAGUGACGAGUAUCAGAACUGUACAGAUGCCAAACGUACCAAGGAUUCCAAGCCUUGUAAUGUGGACCUUUCUGCUCUUGGUCCUUGCUAUGACAAUAGCAAUAGCACUGAUUUUAAAUAUGGCUAUGAUGAGGAAAAGCCCUGCAUCUUUAUGAAGAUGAAUAGGGUAAGUUGAAACCUGUUAUUCUGUUGAACAUGAUAUACAGAGUUGGAUUCAGUGUUAGAGUAAAAUUUAUUUGUGCACAUACUUGUAACUCCAAAUAUUAGUUUUUCCUCUUUUUUAGCAGUAUGCUUCCAUGACUGCCAGCAGAGAGAACUUAAUAUAAGAUAACACAGUUUAUAUGAAGUUUUAACUGUGUUUUGUUUUCCUGAGCAUGCAGUAGAACUGAUAUUGUAAGGAGAAUUAGAUGUAACAACUUAAUCACUGCCAGGAGUUAAAAGGCCUCUCUCCUUUUGGUUCUCUCACUGGUAAAAAUCAUUUGAACUAAUAUUCUAUGAACAGGGUCUUUUAUCUGCAAUCAUUCAGAAGAAAUGUUUGGGUCUUUUGCCUUGGUAGGGAUUACUGUGUACCUUGACCAAGGUUUAGGACUUGUCUUUUUUAUACUGUGAUCUUAAAGAUGUUGUGUUCUCUAGGUGUUCGAUUGGGUCCCUGAACCUAACGAUGGCUUGGAUUAUGUGCAGCUGGCCUGCAAGUUUGAGGAGAAGGGCCGUGAGGUAAGUCAAACUUUGUACACAUAUCAGUAUGAGUGAAUCAAAUGUUUCAUGAGCUUUUAAGAGGACUGCAAACUGUACUGGUGGCUGCAGCAAGUAGUAAAAAGAGCAUGGAAACUAAGUUUGCAGAUAAGGUCACCCAUUUGGUGACCCACAAUUGGCAUUAAUUAUGUCACAAGCUAAAAUGCUCAUUUGUGGUUAGAGUGAAGGAAAGGUCAGCAGACACUCAAAAAAUGAUUUUUGAAAUUAGUGGAGCAUUGAAUUCAAAUUAAUGAAGACUUUAGUAACAUGUUUCAAUGCUUUGCCUGCAUUAAAUGAAGUUCUGUUUUUUUUAUCCUGCUUGUCCCUCUGGGAGAUGCCCUGGGUGAUUUUAACUAAAAAAACUGAUAGGUAGAAAGUUUUGAGCAUUUGGAACAAUUAUUACAUAAUUUACAGAAAAAGCACACAAUUAUAAACAACAUUGACUCAAAACAUUAUUUGGGUUGUGCUUUCAAGGUUAUAAUUCGUGUCAUCAAGGAAUGGGCUUCAUGAAUGCUUUUAGCUCUAUCAAUUUCUCCCUUUGAUAAUUCCUUCUUUUUCCUCCAAUUUAAAGGGGAUAAUUUGUACACCAAAAUUAUGCGAUAAAAACUGAAGGUCAAUGUGCUUGUUUUACAGCUGAGGACCAUCUUACCUCUUUACUUAGUUCAUUGAUUAAAAACAAUUAUGUGUUCUUGAAAUGCAUAUGCAUUUAUCGCAUUUUUAUGCACAGUACAGAAUGCAAGGUGCAGUACUGAAGAAUCAUUUUAAACACAGUAAUGCUGUAUCAGUUUAUUGACAUGCAUUUUUGUUGCUAUUUAUUUUUUUCAUUCAUUUAUUGUCUUACUUUUAUAGGAUCAGCUGGAAAUCUACCCAACAGACAAGCCUGGCUUUGCUGCUAAUUUUUACCCUUAUCUCUCUGAAGAAAAUUGGCUUCCCCCAAUUGCUGCCAUCAAAGUCAACAGCACUCAAAAGGCAGUGCUUCUUUGUGAAGCCAACGCCAAAAAUAUUGAGAAAUCCGAAACAUACCGUCUUAACCGAGGUGCUACAGGAAGAGUUCGUAUUGAAAUUAAGCAAGGGUGAAGCACUAAAUUUAAAAACUUUAAAAAGCAAA